AUGAACGGCCUUCCGGAGGGUUUCCUUCCUGACGACUCGGUCUUCCCUGAAGACCUGCUGGAACUGGGAUUUGUCCUCACCAAGGAUGACAAGAUCCGGUGGAGUGAUGCCCCGGGCCAGGGUCCCCGGUACAAGAUCAACCGGAGUGACCGCCUGAACAGGGUCCACGUUGAGGCCUUGCACAUAGGGUAUAGUCUUGAUGAAUCAUCUGGCGCUGACAAUUUCACAGGCGUCAUCCGAACCUGCGUCCUUGACCGGCUCACAGGAAUGGGCAUGGACUUGACGAUGAUCCCCAAGGAUAGCAAUCGUCAAGUCCCUAUCCUCAUGUCAAGCAACAUUGAUACCGCACCUCGGGUUGUUGUUUUCUGUGGCGAGAUUAUCGAAGACCUAGGCAUGUUCUCGUACCGUGACGCCUGUGACGACGGAAUUCCUUUCGGUGCCAUCGUCGGCUUUGCAAAGGCUCUGCUUGGUGAGAAUGCUCAAAGUUCCCCCAAUGCCCUCAUCAUUGCGAACGCCGGCCAUACCGUCUGGUACAAUGAGGGUUGGCGCUCGGUAACCUCCGACACCUUUGCCAAUAAACACCGCGGCUCUUUCGUGGAGCGCCUACGCCCGGUGACUGAUCGUAACGCCGUCAAUAGCGGCGUCAAUGAGCAUAUCGAGGACAUCUUCCAAGGAAUUUUGAUGCGCAGCAACUUCAAAGUUGGCGCCAGAAUCGAUGUCAUUGGCCUGUCUGAGGGUGGUGGUGCUGUAAUUGAAUUUCUGAAGAAUCGCUGGGGUUUCUGGUUCCCGCACAUCUCUUCCAUUUCCCUCAUCAACCCCGAGUCGAUUGUCAAGACUGACCUCAACAUCGAUGACAUGAAGGAUCCAAGGUCAUUCGCCUGGUUCAUGAAGUACCGUGCCCGUGCCUGGACCAUCACUGACAAGCCGAUUGGCACACGUUUGCCCGGUCUUAACCUGCUUCAUGGCUGCAACACGUACUCCUCCGGUGAAGGCGCAAAGUCGACAUGCAUGAUCCCUCGUGGUGUGGGACAUAUCUUGACAUGGAUGAACAUGAUGCACUACUGCCUAUUUGGGUUAGAGACUUUCGAUGUGGUCCCUGGCGAGACCGAUGCCGAUAUGGAAGUUGUGCUCCCAUGGCUGUGCCCCGACACCAAGAUUCCUCGGCUCCCUAGCGGCAAGAUUGAAGUGCACAGCCUAGAGGUCAUGAACCAGACCAAAGGCUACCUAACCGGUGUCACGUUCAGCGACAAUAUUGUCUCCUUCUUCAAUGAGAAGUUGUACCCCCCCUCCGACAGCGACAGCGACGACAACAGUGAGUUUUCGGCGGCUUACGGGGCCGAGAAUCACCAAUAUUAUGACGCCCCUCUUCCUUCCGCGUUCCCUGACGCUCCUCCCAUUCCGGAAGGCACCUACUACGGCGACGUAAUCCGGGGCCAAACUGGCCCGUUUGACCUCAGUAACCUGCAGGACAUCCGAGAGGAGGAUGAAGGCUGGUAG